CUGCAGGUUUAUUAUUACAGUGUAGAGAGGAGAGAGUGAACAGGGAGCGGGGCUUUUGUCUGUUGGUCUCCCUGGACUGAAGAGAGGGAGGGUGCAAGGCCAGGACUCUUACGAUUCUCAAAAUGCCUUGGAAGACAUUGAGCCUAAACUCUCUGAGUGCAGUGUCCAUCCAGAAGCACACUAACAGUUUGGAAGAGUUGAUGCUCUUCCCCAGUGCUCCGAGUUGCAAUUGCAAAGUUUAUUACCCAGAGCUCUCUGUCUGGGCCAGUCAAGAACCAUUUCCAAACAAGGAAAUGGAGGGAAGGCUUCCUAAGGGAAGACUUCCUGUCCCAAAGGAAGUGAACCACAAGAAGAGUGAGGAGACCGAGGCUGCCUCCCUGACUCCCCUUGGCAGCGAUGAACUCCACUCCCCAGGAAUCAGUUACCUCCACUCUUUUUAAUCGUAACACCUCCAUUUGUAUUACAUAUGGUGUAUGGGUAUUGAUGAGGUCAUGGUAUCAUAUAUGGGAUUUUUUUCUGUGUAAAUCAUCAAGUAUAAGAAGAAACUAUGGGACUCUGAGCCCUGCUUUAGAGAAUUUACAGUGGACAAAUAGGUAUCAUCAAACCAGUUUUUAAUCAUUCUGACUCUGUGAAACCGCUCAGAAUUUCACACUGUGAAUCCACGUUUACAACCCUUACAGGUGGGCCUUCAGGCCUGGUUCGCUACGACGAUGUCUUCCACAAUCCAACUCCCACUGCUCUCACACAACCGGUCCACUCCUGCCUUUUCACUCACACAGCUCCCGACUGCUUCUUGCAGAGGCUGAGAGUCCCCAUUUUUUUUUUUUUUCAUUUAGCUGUAACAAGCCUAGUAGUUUAUGUUCAUCAAUUGUCUGUAUAUCUCUAUAUUUUAUCCAUGUACUCUUUUGAUGUAUAGAAGUAGUUUGAAACUCAUUGUUUCCUUGUGGUAAGUGACCGAGAUGCUGCCACAGGACCUGAGACACUGAUGAAUGGUGCUAUUUUGGACUUUCAACAUGCUCCUUGGCGAGGUAGCUCUGAUGGAGUUAUUUUUUAUUUCCAUGUUCUAAGAAGGUGUUGGUACUCUGUUUCCCUGAAUGUUGUUCUCUAGACUGGAUUGACUUGUUUUCCUUGUGUCUUCAGUGUGGCUUUCUUCUUCAGCAUUGUAGGUUGAGUGAAUGCUACCAGAGAGGGUGUAAGAGACUCACGUCUCAUUGGCUGGCACUCAUGGACACGCAGUCGCUGUAGUGGGAGCAAUCACAAAACUGUAAUUUACUUACCAAAUCUCUUCCUUUCAGUAGCCUCGCCUGCCUAACUUAGAGAAAGAAAAGCAAUAAUUUGUCAGGCGUUUUUAGGUGUCUCUUUUGGUUCUUUUUUGAAAGGAUAUUUGGGAAAAAAGGGCAAACUCUUUUUUAAUAAAUGCCCUCUGAAAAAAAUCCAAAAAACUAGCAUCUGAGUAGGAAUAUGAAAAUUAUACCCUUCCUAAAAAUUACCUUUGAAAAAAUGUCUUUACAAAAUUAAAAAAAAAAAAAGGCAGAGCGCUCUUUUUCAGCAGUUUUGAUAAGCAAGGAGUAGACUUUACAUUUUUGUCCUUGCUCCCAAUGAAAUGGAUAAACAAAAAUAAAAUCAGACAAUACCAUCUACUCAUGGAAUGUUGUUGUGUUAGCCAGUCUGAAAGCCCACCUUAAUUUUUAUAUAACUGUCUUUUAGCUCUUCCUUUGACAGGGCGGGCUUUGUUCUGAACUGUGCCGCUUCCGACUGUUAACAUCGAUGAUGCAUGCGCUGCACUACUUCCUUCUCUUCUCGCUCCCCCAUUGGCCUGAGUUUCUUGUGCAUUUCCCCCCUCCCUCCUUUGUUAGAAUAGGUGUAUGAGCUGUGUAAAUAGAGCAAGAAAACAGUAUUCUGCAUCUGUGGCAUUUAUGUAGAGUUGCAGUUGUGUACUGCUGAAAAUGCAGGCUUUUGUAACAAUGUGAUCUUUACUGAUGCACUCACGACAAGUACCCAAUGUAUUUUAGCUAUUUUAGUAGUAUUUGUUCAAUAAAUAUGCAAGCUGUAAGGUAA